AUGGCAUUAGCAACUUUGAGCACGUGCUUCCUCCUGCUUGCUUCGGUGUCUUCGGCCAAGUUACCAGCGCAGGCGCAGUUUAUUGACCAGAGAGUGUUCAAUGUGUUGAAUACGACGCUGCCACCUUCGCAAUUUAACGCUACUAAUGUCUUUAUACCCCCGGGGUCGACCGAGGACAGUUUGACGAAGCAACCCUUCCAUGUGUAUGACAAGGAGUUUUUGAAGAUUCUGGGGAAUAACCCCACCCUAACCCGCAUCGCCCGCUCUGCCAAAAAUCCCCUCUACCAUGAGGCUGUCGUAUGGUCAAAUCGAACGAACGAAGUAUUCUUUGCUCAAAAUGCUGGCCCACCGGCAGCGGGCACAGGGCUUAACAAAUCCGCAAUCAUUGAGAAAAUCUCCCUGGCACAGGUGGCUGCGGUGUCAAACCGUACAGAUGCUUCGGGGCUCGUGGACGUGAUUACAGUCAACGCUACCCCGCCGGUGCUGAACGCCAAUGGUGCGACCAAUUUCCGGGGCCAAAUAGUUUACACUAGCGAGGGCCAAGGAGAUCACGGUGCGCCCGCCUUGUACCUUAUGAAUCCAGAGGAACCAUACAACACGACCGUCCUUCUCAACAAUUUCUUCGGUCGUCAAUUCAACUCAUUGAAUGAUAUCGUCGUCCAUCCCCAAAACAAAGAUAUUUACUUCACCGACUCCCUCUACGGCUACCUUCAGGAUUUCCGCCCUGCGCCAGGAAUCCAGCUCCAAGUCUACCGGUUCAAUCCCGACACGGGUGCUGUUACGGUUGCAGCUGAUGGAUUUACGCUUCCGAAUGGAUUCACGUUUUCUCCUGACGGGAAACACGCUUAUGCGACCGACACUGGUAUUAACCAAGGAUUCUGGGGUUAUAAUUUCAGUCGUCCCGCUUCUAUUUAUCGAUAUGAUGUUGCGGAUGACGGCACGCUAGAAAAUCGCAAGACGUUUGCUUUUGUCAAUUCCGGUGUCCCAGAUGUCUGGAACCCCCACGGAAAGCUCAUUGGAAAAAUUUAUCUCGGCACCACCUCCGCCAACUUUAACUUUGUUGGAAACGGUAAGAUGGUGAUCUGUGCAGAGACGUCAUUAUAUUAUGCGACUCUGGCGGCUGGUGGAAACUACGUUGAAAGCGAGAUGUGA